AGGCCACUACUUGGAGGUGAUUGAAUUGGACAGUAUGAUUUCGGCCAGCUUAGAAGAGCUAGAGUUCAGACUUUUGAAUGUGAAUAAUAAUGUCGCAGUACGUAUACGUAGUAUAUUUGGAUUCAAAGGAUUAGGAGGUCAUAAGGCAGUGGAAGUUUUGAGUCGUUGUCUUCUUCAGGACCCAUCCUGCUUGGUACGGCAUGAGGCGGCAUAUGCACUAGGACAAAUGCGUGAAGUAGAGGGUUUAAACGUUCUUUAUCGUUGUCUUCUUGACGAGAGUGAGGAUCCCAUGGUGAGGCAUGAAGCCGCAGAGGCAAUUGGAGCCAUCGGGAAGAAGUCGAGUGUUGGUAUUCUUCAAAAGGCACUCGUCGAUUCAAGUAGAGAAGUUAGAGAAACUUGUGAGUUGGCCAUUAAAAGAAUAUUGUCAACUCAACACCUCGAAGAAAAUGAUAAGUUGUCGUCGGUUGGAACUUUAGAUCCUGUCCCUUCCAGUAAUCUUUUGUCGCAGAUGAGCACAAUAGAGAUAGGUGAGAGGUUUCUAGAUCCUUCGUUAACGCUUUUCGAAAGAUACGGUUGCUUGUUUGAGCUUCGAGAACGAGCUUCUCCAGAUGCAGUUUCCUACCUUUGCAAAGGUUUUAAUGAUGAUAGCGCAUUGCUGAAGCACGAAAUAGCUUUUGUUCUUGGACAACUUAGUAAUGCCCAAGCAACAGAAAGCUUAAUGCGGAUAGUUUCUAAUCCUGAUGAACAUUAUAUGGUUAGACAUGAAGCUGCAGAAGCCCUCGGUUCCAUGGCCACGGAAGAGGUGGUUAAGUUUUUGCGUCAGUAUUUAUCGGAUGAGAAUAUUGUGGUACGUGAGAGUUGUGAAGUUGCUCUGGACAUGUGCGAUUUUUAUCUUUCGGAGGACUUUCAUUAUACCGACGUACUGAUUCCGUCUACUUGAGACUCGCUCCUGUAUUAUGAAAUGUCA